AUGGGCUUCAAACAAACCGCUCUGUACCAAGACAUGACCCCCGUGCUGCUCUUCGCAGCGGUCUUCUCGUCUAUGGGAGCUUUCACGUUUGGUUACGACAAUAACUGGUGGGGAGGCGUAAUGGGUUCUAGACAUUUCAAUUUGACCUUCGGAAGUGGUUAUAAAAUCGAAAACGGUGUCCAAAUCAAAUGGAUGAAUGCGAACGAUCAGAGUUCUGGUACUGCUCUUGGUACUGCCGGUAUCAUGAUCGGUUGCAUGAUCGCUCCUUUCAUCAAUGAGCGAUUCGGCCGAAAGGCAUCUUUUAUGUCACUUGCUGUCAUUGCUAUCGUCGGAUCCAUUAUCAUGGCCUGUUCUACGAUUAAAUCGAGCUUCUGGAUGCUCGUCGCCGGGAAAAUCAUCGUCAAUGCCUCAGUCGGUAUCGCUUCUGCUGUCACCGGUGUAUAUCAAUCCGAAUGUGCUCCUCAUCGAAUUAGAGGUGCUUUGACCAACGCAUAUACCGUGUUCAACAACACGGGUACACUUCUGGCCAACAUUGUAAUGUACGGCGUUCACUCGAAGCUCAACGCUUCGGUAUGGCUGGUACCCAUCGGUCUCCAAUUCCUCUUUCCCAUCAUUAUCCUCAUUGUUACCCCAUUCCUUCCUGAAUCACCUCGAUGGCUGGUAGGUCAAGGACGAACCGGGGACGCUUUCAUCCAACUACGUCGUCUCCGAGGUAAAAAGAUGACCGAUGAGGAAUUGCAUGAUCAACUUCAAGAGGUCAAAGACUCUCUAGAGCACGAGCGAGCCAAUCAAUCCAAAUUCGGAUGGCUACAACUCUUCCGAGGUCAAGACCUUCGACGUACGCUGGUCGGUUGUGGUAUGCUCUGUUUGCAACAAGGUCAAGGUAUUUCAUUCACCAACAACUAUCUCAACAUCACCAUGCUCAACUUGGGUUUCACCAAUACAUAUCAACUCCUCGUCGCUCUUUACACUGGUAAACUGGUCAUCACAUUCCUCGGUUUCUACCUCCCCGAUAGAAUCGGUCGACGACCUAUGGCCCUCUUCGGUGCGUGUAGCAUGGGAUCUUGUAUGUUCAUCAUGGCAGCCGUGGCGACCGCCACCAACAAUAAGCCAACCGGUGCCCUCGGAAACCUAACUCUCGCCGCCAUCUUCAUCUGGGUUUUCACCUUCUCUCCCACGUGGGGUGCUCUUCCUUGGACCAUCGCUGCAGAAAUCAGUAGUCAACAACUCCGUGCAAAGUCUCUUGCCGUCGCUGCUUGGUCUGGGUACGCUGUCGGUUUGAUCAAUAACCUGGUUGUGCCAUACAUUCAACAGGCUCAAUACGGUAAUCUUCAAGGUCAAAUCACUUACAUCUUCGGUGGUUUCUCGAUCGCUGCCAUCAUCUUCUGCUAUUUCUUCCUACCUGAACUCAAAGGAAGAACCCUAGAAGAGGUCGAUAUGCUCUUUGAAGCUAAAGUUCCUGCUAGGCAGUUUGCCUCCUACGAUCUCACCUCGCUCAAAGAGGAACGCGCUGCUCAAAACCCUCAUGGCAAUUCGGAGAAGGAGGGAAGUUUGUACCACGAAGAAGUGGGCACCAGGAAGAACGAAGCUACCCUAGCGUGA